GUUCACGAAUAAUAGAGAGACUUUAAUACAUUUUGUUGCGUCCAUCGGCGUUCACAGUAGUCCAAUCCCAAGCUGUCCAGGGCACUCUACAAAUGCAGGGAUAAUGGCUAGAUUCAUAAAAGCAUGAGUUGCGUACAGGUGCAAAUAGCGUAGUCGAACAUGAGCGAUGAGAGGGGAGAGAGACUGAGGCGCGCAGCGUCGCCGACCUGCCACUUCAUUUCGAGCGGCAGCAGCAGCUGUCGCGCUCUCCCUGUUUGGCGAAGGUCAUGGUGGCAAGCUGGCGGUCAACGGCGCCGUGACAAGAACCUCCUCCGCGCGGAAGGCCCCUUCUUCAUUGUCAAGCAGAUGUGUAACACUGGGUACACGCUCUGGUCGAUGGGCAUGGAGGGAGCUCUUGAUUCGGAUUACACGGACUUUCCACUGGCUACAGCCUUUUACCUAGCAAAGGUCACGUUUAGCGGACAAAAAAGGGGAUUGUGACGCACGGAGAGUCACGUGACCAUCUAAGGGCCUCGCUCUCUUAUCACUCGGGGUGGACUAUGUAAUAUGCACACGCG